AUGGGCACAGGGCUGUGCUUAAGAGGGCAGAACCUGGCCUGCUGGCUGCAGGCAGGAAUGCCCAGCAGCCCAGCUCGCCUGCACAGGCAGCAAGAGCCCCUGGAGAGCCAAGACUGGGUUUUCAUUCUGGAACCACACGCUGAAAGUGCUCUGGAAAAGGGAUCAAGGAAGGAUGUCACCAGGGCACGGACAGGUCUCCUCUCGUCCUGCUUCCACAAGCGGCAAAAUCAUUGUCUCAUGUCUUCCCUGCAGAUUCUCCAGCCGGUGAAGAUCUCCAUGGAGUUAUCACCUCACUUCAGGCUGGCGUACGCCAGUGAUGCGUACCAUACGGUGCCACCAGGCGCGACCAUCCGUGUGCGCAUCCAGUUCACCCCUGACGAGAGCAAGGAUUAUUCUCACAAACUUGUCUGCAUCACGAAAACAGAAAAGAUAGCUGUGCCAAUUCGGGCCAUUGGUGCCCGAGCUAUCCUUAACAUCCCAGACAACAUCUCCAAGUGUGCAGUCAAGUCCAGCACCCAGAAGACUCGGCUGGUUCACAGUACUGGUAGCCGGGAAGCUCAUUACCAGCUGAUCACCCAGAGAUUUCCUGGAGGGUGCUGGAACAUGUUAGUAGCUGGCUUGCACGCUCCUGAGCACAAGCAGCUUCUGAAAUGGUUACUCCCCACUCCUGUGCUGUUCCUUUUACUUAAAGCUGAUCUGAUUUCCCUUGUCAGCUCUCAUAUUCCUCAUCCUCCCUCAAAAACGGCAUCUGGACUCCCAAAAGAGACACCGGCACCUCGUCUUUUGUUGAGGGAAAAACUGAAGCCUGCUAAUCUGACUCCCUCUGCCUUCCAGAAGGAGAUGUCUUUCACAACCAAGCAGAGGCUGGCCAUAGCUAAGAAGCUGAGUCUGCCUCAGAUUGUCCAGCCUGAAGACAAGCAUGAGACCUCCCAUCAGAAGUUCUUGGCAGCUGACCCAGAGCAGAGCUCAUUUCAGCCUUGCCCACCAGAGGUGGUGUUCCAGAACUACACCCCUGGUGAGGUCUGUGAAGUGCCUCUGGUUCUGAGGAACAUGGACAAGGUUCCUCAUGUGCUGAAGGUCACCUUGGAGAGCUCACCUUAUUUCCAGCUGGUGGGCCCCAAUGAUGCCUGCCGCAAGGUGCCACCGGGCCUCUCCACGACCGUCCGCAUCCUCUUCACCCCUGAGCAGAACAAAGAUUAUUUCCACCAGGUCACCUGCAUCACUGAAAGGGAAGAGUUCAUUGUACCAAUUCGGGCCAUUGGUGCCCGAGCCAUCCUGGGCUUCCCUGACCAGCUGGACUUCUCAGAGCAGCCAGUCAAGUGCAGCGCUCAGAAGGUUCUGCUGGUUCGCAAUGUCGGUAACCGAGCAGCUCAUUACCAGCUGAGCACCCAGAGCCCUUUCUCUGUCAUUCCGGCCAUGGGAGCUCUGGGCAUUGGUGACAGCAUGCAGGUGACAGUGGAAUUUCACCCACUGAAGACUGGCGAGCACUGCGCGUCCCUGGUGGUGCACUACGACACAGGUGAAGCCACCCACACAAGCCUUCAUGGAAGAGCUGUGGAUGUCCCCAUCAGGCUGGACAGGAGCACUGUGACAUUUGAUAAGACCUUUGUCACGCUGUCCAACCGAACGACUGUGCUCAUCCACAACCUCAGUAAUAUCACAGCCCGCUUCCAGUUGAAGGCUGCUGAUACUGAGGGAGAGGAGGAGCAGCUGAAGCUGAGGCAGUAUCACAGGCUCUGUCAACUGAAAAAGGACGAGUUGUAUGAUUUGCUGAAGGAGUGUGGAGUGGAGACAAGUCGCCGAGAACGCUUUGCCCUUCUCCUCCGCAGCUUCUGUAGUGAGAAGGCAAAGGUGAGAGGAGAUGCCAUGCUGUUCCAGGAUGACAUUUUCUCCCUUGAGCCAAAGGAGGGCGAGAUCGGGCCGAACAGUUCAGCUGAAAUCAGCGUGUUCUUUAAGCCCCAGGAGGCCCGGGUCUAUAAGCAAACAGUUUACUGUGAUAUCUCAGGCUGUGAGAAGAGGCUGCCCCUGGUCCUCACUGGGGAAGGACUCGGGCCCCAGCUCGACUUCUACUAUAAGGAAGUGGACAUUGGGGAGAUUUUUGUCAGUGGAAACAACCGCUUUGAGGCAGCCCUGUUUAACAGUGGGCCUAUUGAGGCUCCCUUCAGCCUCACCCCUCCAAGCACAGCCAUGGGCUCCUGCUUCACCUUCCAGCCCCAGGAGGGCAUCGUGGCACCAAAUGCGCUCCAGGUCAUCCGGAUCUCCUUCUGUACCACCAUCCUGGGGGUCUUUGAGGAAGAAUUCAGCUUCCGUGUGACUAAAGCCCCUAAGCCUGCAACCUUGACUAUCAGGGGCUGUGUCAUACCACCGACUUUCCAUUUUGAUGUGCCCGCCCUCCACUUCGGUGAUGUCUCCUUUGGUUUUCCUCGCACCUUGCAGUGUUGCCUGUUCAACACCUCCCUGGUACCCAUGACCUUCCACCUCCACAUUCCUGGGGACGGUUUUGGAGAGCCCAGCAUCAACGCCUCUAGUCUCAAUCCCGCUAGCCCGUCUUGGGGGAAGGAAUCCGAUUGUCUUAUGAAGCCAAGGGAAUUUAACAUACGUCCCUGCAGAGGGACCGUCCGUGCCCUGGGAUCCAUGGAUAUCAAGGUCACUCUGUGCUCCAACACGGCCAGAGAGUACAAGCUGGAGAUGGUGAUGGACGUGGAAGGUGUUGGCCAGAAGGUGUUUGCACUGCCCCUCACAGCCAGAUGCAUCGUUCCUCCACUGAGAGUGCUCGACCCUGUUGUGAAGUUCGAUCACUGCUGUCUAACGGUGCCCUACGAGGAGAAGCUGACCCUUGUGAACGACAGUGACUUUCCUGGCUGCUACUGUAUUCUCCCUCAGGAAAACAAGGAGAAAGCUGCUGCAUGGUACUCCAGCUCUGAGCCAUCUGGGAUUAUCAAGGCUCACAGCUCGGUGGAGAUCCCAAUCACACUCGAGGCCCAGGUGCUGGGAAAGUGCGACAUCCCUGCUGAGCUGGCCGUGUUUGGGAGAGAAGGAUCCCCACUGGUAAUCCAUUUGGAGUGCGUUGGCCAGGGACCGGUUGUCUAUGUCUAUCCCAGGCAGAUAAACUUUGGCACUAUCCCUGUCGUACAAGACAGUGUCAAAACUCUCCAUCUCUCCAAUCAGAGUGCCAUUCCUGCAAUCUUCCGGGCAGAGAUGGCUGGGAAACGCUCCUGCUGGAGGGUUGAACCCAAUAAAGGGGUGGUGGCACCUAAUAGUGAGCUGCUUGUUGCUGUCAUAGCAAACCUGAACGACACAAAGAAAUUCCAGGAUAGCGUGACGGUGUUCAUUGAGAACAGCCUUACGACCACCAUCUCUGUCCAGGCUGUGGGCAUUGGCACCACAAUUGUCACUGACAAGCCUCUGGUUCCUGCCCUCGACUUGAAGUCCCAGUUCAGCUUCACUCCCUGCUGCUACAAGUUCAAAAUGACCAACAAAGGGAGACAAACGCAUCAGCUGUACUGGAGCACAGAAGGGUUCCACGCCUUUCGGCAGAAUACUCGUCCCCCUGCCCUCAAGGGCAGUAGGAGUAAAGACGCUUCCCAGACCCCCAGACCUGGCAGCCCCGUGUUUAAGCUGCGGCCGCUGAUGACGGACCUGAGGCCAGGCCAGACUGUGGAGAUGGUGCUGGAAGGCUGCUCCAGCACUGUCCAGGAGGUGAAGGAGCGGCUGCUGUGCCAUGCUGUGGUGGGGAAAACAAAAGCAAAGAAGCAGAUCAUGCAAGUGGAUGUCACCUGCAAGUUCAUUCGCCCAUCUGUGCAAAUGUCAACCAAAGCAAUCACGUUCCGUGUGGAAAAGAAACCCAGUGACAUCCUCAUGCCCCAGUACAAGCCUUUAUCUUUAAAAAACACCUGUUCGCUGCCAUUAAGCAUUGUGCUGGACUUGAAGCAGCCAUUCCUAAUCUGCAACAGGGACCAGCAGCCCCUUCCUGCGGAUUCCAAGCCCAUGACACUGGAUGUAGGAGAGGAACUUCAUCUCUGCAUCCAGUUUAACCCAGCUUAUAAGAAGGAUUUGAAGAGCUGGGUGGCAGAGAAGGUUCUCAGGCUGCGCUUUGUGGGGCAUCCUCGUGAGGAACACAUCACUGUUCGGGGAGAAGUCUACUUCCCCAACCUCCAUCUCCAGGCCGAGGUUGUGGACUUUGGCUGCAUCAUUAAUGACACGGAACAAGAAUUGUGUAUGGAGAUGAGCAACUGCAGCCCAAUUCCUGUCCAGUACCACUGGUCAUUCCUGACAGACAGCCAGGUGAACACCAUAAGGUUCCUCCCUUCACCACCUGAAUUCAAACCUCAGUCAUCAAAGAAGGAGGGAGCAUUUCAAAGGAGAUACUCCAAGAUUAAAAGUGUGGAGGAGCCAACCGAAACCCCAGAAUCAACACUGGAUUCUGCCUGGGAAGAUUCUGCCCAGGAGGAUUCUGCCCAGGAAUACUCUGCCCAGGAGGAUUCUGCUGAGGAGGAUUCUUCUGAGGGAGAUUCUGAUCAUGAGAGUUCCGACCAGGAGGAUUCUGCUCAUGAGAAUUCUGAUCAGGAGGCUCCUGCUCCCGAGGAUCCAGCACAGGAGGAUCCUGCACAGGAGGAUCCUGCCCAGGAGGAUCCUGCCCAGGAGGAUCCUGCACAGGAGCCAGCAGAUGCAGAGGACCCUCUGAAAGCAGAGGAGCUGCCAUCCACUGCUGUGGAGCCUCAGAGGCAAGUGAGGAGGAGGAGAGGGUUGAGCCAGUUCUCAGAGAUGAAGCGCCUCAACUUGGGAAUGCAGGAGGUUUUUGAUGUCCGGCCACUGUGGGGUGAGCUGCAGCCGGGACAGAGCCACCUGGUCACCUUCUCCUUCUUUGGCUACGCCAACAUCGUUGCCCGUGUCAGGGCUCUGUGCCACGUGGAGGGAGGCCCCACCUAUGAGGUGGUGCUGACCGGGCAGGCUUCGUGCCCCAGCUACCAACUGGACGUGGAGGAGAUUGACUGGGGGCUGCAGGUGUUUACCAAAGUCCUCCAAGCAGAGGUCACCCUGCGCAACACCGGGGUCAUUGAGUUCACCUACGUGGUGCCAAACUCCAGCACUGGCACUGCAGCAAACCCUCUGCCUGGUGUGCCCGUGGUCAUGCCCACCACUGGUUCCAUUGCACCUGGCGAAAAGCAAGUGCUAAAAGUCUAUUACCUGCCAGGAAAGCAGGGAGUCUUCUGCAAGACUUUCCAGGUCCAGGUGGCUUAUCUGGAACCAGCAGAAAUCUUCUUGAAAGGAGAGGGGACCUUGUCUAGAAUCCCCAAGGACCUACCCCGGAAAAGUUCAAAAGGAAAGAGGAAGAAAAGAAACCUGAAGAAAGAAAAAAGGAAGAGGGAUGAAUCAUCUGCCAUCCACCCUGAAGACAAACCCUGAGAAGUUCAGUCCUGAAAUUCUUCCUGAAACUGGGAAGCUCUUUAUGAAGAAGUUUUCUGUUGCUGAGCCUGUGAAUGCUCUGACAUGUCAUCACAUGGAAUUUCCCUUACUCUGAAGGACUCAAUGAAUUAAUUGAAGAACCUGAUGAGUGAGAAGAACCUGAAGUUCAU